GGUACCCUCGUCCCCCGGCAGAUGUCAGGAGAGUCGGAUGGGCCUCCCGCCAGGUUGCGCAAGCGCCUCCGCGACUGACUCAUCAGGCAGUUGGUGGUGUGAAGCGCACCUGGCACCCGAUUCGUGACUGGUCUCGGGAAUUGUGGGGGAAUCGGCGUUUUUGUGAUCGCGUGACUCUCGCUUUGCGAACUCUCCGGCUCCGGUUUUGAGGAGCUUUUUCGGGGCUUUUUGCCGACGCGUUCCGCGUGAAUUUCGCCAGGCCGCAUCGGCCCUCUUAUCAGACGUCCGUCCAUCAGAAGGAUUUCAUCAUGGUCGCUGGGUACUCAGAGGAUCAGCUUGCUGGAGUGCUGGGAAUCGUGGUCGUUUCUCUUUACUUGAAUUCAUAUGUAGACUUUCAGGAAGCGUUCCAGCUGUUUGACAACCGAGGCGAUGGGAAGAUCUUCGUGAGCCAAGUCGGGGACGUCCUGCGGGCUCUCGGACAGAACCCGACGGAAUCGGAAGUGAAGAAGUUGACCAAUCAACAUCGACAGGACGAUAGGAUCAUGUUCGACGUGUUCCUCCCGAUUCUUCAGACCAUCAGCAAGAACAGGAGCAACGAGAAGGCCGAGGACUUCAUCGAGGGCCUGCGCCACUUCGACAAGGACGGCAACGGAUUCAUCUCGUCGGCCGAACUCCGACAUCUUCUCACCACGCUCGGGGAGAAGCUGACAGACGAGGAAGUGGAGCAGCUGUUGGCCGGCCACGAGGACAGUCAGGGCAACGUCAACUACGAAGAUUUCGUGCGUCACAUCAUGAGCGGAUGAAGUCCUUCGUCGUGGCCAUCCUCCUUCCAUUCCUUACAUAUUAUAUAUCCUAUUCGGCUUCCCUCUCUAUUUUAUACGAAUGUCUGCUGAUCAUGCGUUGUAGUCCCACUAAUCCAAAUCUUGGAUCGGCACAAAGAUGUCUUUGAGGAGCGAAGUGCAAGAGAUCCUCCCCCCUUAAUAUUGGUCAAUGCACAUCAUUUUGCAUUUCUGCUUCAUGUGUUUGCCUUCCCUUUUUAGAGCUACAUGAACAGUAUUGUCUUUUCCAAUGCCCUAGAAAAUAUUGCCAAAAAGAAUCACUAAGAGCUUUUGAGCUGAACUCUAUUUUAAUGGAACAUAUUCAGGUACUUAUUUGAGCAUGGAUUGAAAUCUAUUCAAGUUUUAAAGUUAUUAGAUGACUUCCUGCUGGAAAUGAUUUUCUAAAGUAAAGGGGAUGAUUGCAUUCAUACCAGUUGUAUGUUUUUCUUCAGUGAUGUUGAACAUAGGUGAAAAUUUUACAGCAUGACAUGAAAACAAGCCAUGCCAGCUCUACCAGUUUGACUGAGG